AUGACCAUGAGUGCUGCCUCCAUCGAGCAAGAGCCGUCACGCAAGCUGGCCUGUUGUGGAGUCCCCUUGAUAACAGAGGACAUGCAGUCGCUGGCCAUCCGCACGCUUUCCGGCACGGACAUCAACAAGCACUACGACCUCAUCCGUGAGCUGGGAAAGGGAACCUAUGGGAAGGUAGACCUGGUCUCCCAUAAGAGCACAGGCACCAAGAUGGCUCUGAAAUUUGUCAACAAGAACAAGACCAAGCUGAAGAACUUCCUGAGGGAGUUCAGCAUCACCAAUACUCUAUCUUCCAGCCCUUUCAUCAUCAAAGUAUUCGAUGUGGUCUUCGAGACGGAGGACUGCUAUGUCUUUGCUCAGGAAUACGCCCCCGGAGGAGACCUUUUUGACAUCAUUCCUCCCCAGGUCGGGCUGCCAGAGGACAUGGUGAAGCGCUGCGUGCAACAGCUGGGCCUGGCACUGGACUACAUGCACAGCAAAAACUUGGUACACCGGGACAUCAAGCCGGAAAACGUCCUCCUGUUUGACCGUGACUGCCGGCGCGUCAAACUGGCUGACUUCGGGAUGACGCGCAAAGUGGGGUGCCGGGUGAAACGCAUCAGCGGCACCAUCCCAUACACAGCGCCGGAGGUGUGCCAGGCAGGCCGGGCAGAGGGUUUUAUGGUGGACGCAAGCAUCGACGUGUGGGCUUUUGGGGUGCUCAUCUUUUGCGUGCUGACCGGCAACUUCCCCUGGGAAGCGGCCACAGCCUCAGACUCUUUCUUUGAGGAGUUUGUGAGGUGGCAAAAGGGGCGGCUGGUGGGCGUCCCCUCUCAGUGGCGCCGCUUCACGGACAACGCGCUGCGGAUGUUUCAACGCUUGCUGGCCCUCGACCCAGAGAAACGCUGCCCAGUGAAGGAGCUCUUUCUCUUCAUCAAGUAUGACCUGAUGUCCGAGAUGCGCCGGCGGCCAUCUUAUCGUUCCCGCAAGCACACUGGGGACAAACUCUCAGCUGGCCCGCACCGCCAUGAGACACCCAGUGGCUGCACCCCAACCCCACUUAAGAGGACCAUCCUGACGGAGGGCAGCGUCUCUCGGCUGGUGGCUUCGGAGCCUGGCCUCCCUUCCCCCGGUGGAGGAAGCAGGACUGACGGCCGGGCAGACAAGGCCAAAGGCCAGAUGGUUUUGGCGACCGCCAUCGAGAUCUGCGUCUGA